GGGAAUUUAGGUAAAAUUGAUUACGUAUCCGAAUUUGAAUACGAUCUCUACAUUCGUCCUGAUACAUUUAAUUCAAGGUUUCGCGUUUGGUUCAAUUUUACAGUCGAUAAUGUGGUUUAUGGACAAAGAGUUAUAUUUAACAUAGUCAAUUUUAGUAAGACCAAGUCGUUAUACAGAAAUGGAAUGUCGCCGGUUGUAAAAACUACAUCACGUCCAAAUUGGGUGAGAAUUCCACAUCACAACGUUUUUUAUUAUAGAUGUCCAGAUCAUAAUAAAAAUUACGUAAUGUCAUUUGCUUUCUGCUUUGAUUCUGAAGAUGAUACAUAUCAAUUUGCGUAUUGUUUUCCAUAUUCAUAUACAAAGUUACAAAAUUAUCUCGAUGGAAUUGAGUUUAAAAAUUUACAGUGCUUUCAACGAGAACUUUUGUGUACAACUACCCAACAAAGAAGAUUAGAUAUUAUAUCAAUAACAAACCAUAGAACUUUAUCGGCAAAGAAAAAAGUUGUUUUUAUAACAUCUAGGGUGCACCCAGGAGAAACACCUUCAUCUCUUGUAUGUCAAGGAAUUAUAGAUUUUUUAACCUCUGACCAUAUUUUAGCAAGGGUAUUGCGUGAUUAUGUAAUAUUUAAAAUUGUCCCUAUGCUUAAUCCAGACGGAGUUUUUAACGGAAACUAUAGGUGUUCAUUUAACGGACAUGAUUUGAAUCGACACUGGCAUGAUCCGUCUCCUUGGUCUCAACCAACAAUAUAUGCUACUAAAGUUCUUCUUAUGAAACUAAAUUCUAGUGAAAAAGAAGAGCUUGAUUUUUAUAUAGAUAUUCAUGCCCAUUCCACAUUAAUGAAUGGGUUUAUGUAUGGCAAUGUAUAUGAUGACAGUAGCAGACAUGAGAGACAAGCUGUAUUUCCUAGACUGUUUUGUCAAAACGCUGAAGAUUUUUCACUUGCUAAUACAUCUUUCAACAAUGAUUCAUUCAAAGCUGGCACUGGGAGAAGGACGCUUGGUGAUAUUUUAGACAAAAAGUGUAACUGUUAUACGUUGGAAGUAUCGUUUUAUAGCUACACGUCAUACACAUCUAACGGCGGAUCACACACUCAACCGUAUACGGGAAAUACUUAUAUGAAACUUGGAGAGAAUUUAGUUAAGACGUUUUUUGACUAUUACAAUACAACUGGUCACUUGAAAAACUACUGUCCUAUUUACAAUUUUUCUCCCAAAUGCUCCAGAAACGAAAUCAAUCAAUAUUUCUGUAAGUGUUCGGAACUGAAGUCUGAGUCGACUUGUCAACAUACCUGA